AUGGAAAAUACCACAGAUACUAGCUGUCUGAUUGACACCCAAACGGGUCUGAUUGCUUUGGCCUCGGCUGGGGGUCUGAUUGUCUGCCUGCUGGUUUCCACCCUGGUACUGGCAUGCCAGGGAUGCUAUCUACAGCGUCAGGUAAGCGCCCUCUGCCAUUCUCACAGCAACGUGGACUUAGUGAGUGGCACUGGCUAUUGGAGCACCAACCAGCCUGAGAUGGAAGGGCUGGUGGGGCCAUGUGACCCCGGUGUCAUGCUUGAGGAAGUGAAGGCAGACAGAGAGGUGGCUGAGAGGGAGACGGUAGAGAUCCAAGAAAAGGACAAAUAUGACCUUGCAAGGCCGAAGGACGACGUGCAAUCAAAGGCAUUUGGUCCUGAAGAAAUGGCCUUGCAGGUGUACAGUUCCAGCUCGAGGGACUCCUGUCCAGAUAUUCCCCAGGAUCUAGAAGACAUGCCCUUGAUGUGCGCAUCAGAGCCUGCAGUGGACUGCAUUAAAUGGAGGCUACUGCUAUCAGGCACCCAAUUCAGUGUGAAGUCAGGACACAGGCACAAACCAGAGAGCAGCUGCAAAGGCUUGCAACCAAUGGAGAGAGCUCUCACCGUGAAUAACACUUAUGCUCCUCUGGCUUGCCUUGGUCUACUUCUUGCGUUUGGACUCCUAGGGAACUGGGUCCUGUCCAUCUGCCCUUCUGUGUGCUACUGCACCUGGGGACAUAGAGUGGUGGACUGCUCUUCACGGGGACUCACCCAGUUACCCCCUGGUUUGCAGCACAAUAUCCGCUCCUUAAACCUCUCCUUUAAUAGUUUGCAAGAUGUGGCGAGCCAGCUGAGUCAUUAUGGCCACCUUCGAACCUUGGACCUGUCUUAUAACCAGUUGGAGCGUCUGCCACCCACCCUGCCCCGAUCUCUGUGGGAUAUACGUGCAAGCGGGAACCAUCUUCGAUCACUGGACAAAAAUGACACAGCCUACCACUGGAACCUUAGGGUUCUGGACUUGUCAGCCAAUGAACUAGAAAGAGUGGUCUUCAUCAACAACACACUGCCCAGUCUCCAUGCUCUCAACCUAAGUCACAACAGGUUUUGGACUGUGCCUACAAAUAUGCCACACAACUUGGAAAUAAUUGAUUUGUCCCAUAAUUAUCUUGUGCAAAUCCUGCCGGGCUCACUGGAUAGAAUGUCCAGGUUAGCUCGCUUCUACUUGCAUGCUAAUCGCUUCUUCUGGCUACCGGAAGGAAUUUUUGAUAGGCUGAGUGGACUUGAAGUCAUGACUCUUGGUGAUAACCCCUGGGCUUGUGAAGAUGAGGAAAAUAUAACAAGGCUGUUAAGAUGGGCUCAGCAUACACGCGCCAACAUCUUGGGCUGCCCUUGUUACAUAAGGCCAACCUGUGGGCAGGCUAAUCUGGCAACGCCUGAUACUAGAGAUAUCAGGCAUGACGGCCUGCCAGUUGCAUGGACUACAGAGGUAACCUCUGAUUACCAGGCUAAAUCAGCCCUUAUCGAGACAGAAAUAUAUGGAAAAGAAAGAGGUGUGAAUGAAUCCGGGGACCAAAUGCUGUUGAUCCGGACAUCUUCGACCACUUUUUACAGACUCGCCACACACAUAGGCACAACUCUGUUUGGAGCCUGUACACCAUGUAGCAGUGUGACCCCCACCAAAACUCAUACAGGCAAGACCAGAAUAAAAGACUACAGGAAGAACUCCCUCUACUUUACAGCACCCAGGCUCAGCUCCACAUGGUCAGAAUAA